AUGGAGUCCAUGCUGAACAAAUUGAAGAGCACCGUUACAAAGGUAACGGCUGAUGUCACCAGUGCUGUCAUGGGAAACCCUGUUACCAGGGAAUUUGAUGUUGGCCGACAUAUUGCCAGUGGUGGCAAUGGGCUUGCUUGGAAGAUAUUUAAUGGAACUAAAAAAUCAACCAAACAGGAAGUGGCUGUUUUUGUCUUUGAUAAGAAGCUAAUAGACAAGUAUCAAAAAUUUGAAAAAGAUCAGAUUAUUGAUUCUCUGAAACGAGGUGUUCAACAGCUAACCAGGCUGCGACACCCACGGCUACUUACCGUUCAACAUCCAUUGGAAGAAUCCAGGGAUUGCUUGGCAUUUUGUACAGAACCAGUCUGUGCAAGUUUAGCUAAUGUUCUCGGCAACUGGGACAACCUACCUUCUCCUUUGCCAUCUGACAUUAAAGAAUACAAACUUUAUGAUGUGGAGACCAAAUACGGUUUGCUUCAGGUUUCUGAAGGCUUGUCAUUUUUGCAUAGCAGUGUGAAAAUGGUCCAUGGAAAUGUUACUCCUGAGAAUAUAAUUUUGAAUAAGAGUGGAGCAUGGAAAAUUAUGGGCUUUGAUUUUUGUAUCCAGUCAACAAAUCCAUCUGAACAGGAGCCAAAGUUCCCUUGUAAGGAAUGGGACCCAAACUUGCCAUCCUUGUGUCUUCCAAAUCCUGAGUAUCUGGCACCAGAAUAUAUACUCUCUGUGACCUGUGAGACAGCCAGUGAUAUGUACUCUCUAGGAGCUGUUAUGUAUGCAGUAUUUAAUAAAGGGAAACCAAUUUUCGAGGUCAACAAGCAAGAUAUUUAUAAAAGCUUUAGUAGACAGCUGGAUCAGCUGAGCCGUUUAAGCUCCAGUAAUCUUCAGAAUAUACCAGAGGAGGUGCGUGAACAUGUAAAGCUACUCUUAAAUGUAGCUCCAGCAGUCAGACCAGAUGCAGAUCAAAUGACUAAGAUACCAUUCUUCGAUGACGUAGGAGCAAUGACACUUCAGUAUUUUGAUUCUUUAUUUCAAAGGGAUAACCUGCAGAAAUCGCAGUUUUUUAAAGGACUGCCAAAAGUUCUGCCAAAACUACCUAAGCGUGUUAUAAUUCAGCGGAUUUUGCCUUCCUUGACUUCUGAGUUUGUGAAUCCUGAUAUGGUACCCUUUGUUUUGCCUAAUGUUCUCUUAAUUGCUGAGGAAUGCACCAAAGAAGAAUAUAUCAGGCUCAUUCUACCUGAUCUUGGUCCUGUUUUUAAGCAGCAAGAACCAAUCCAGAUAUUGUUGAUCUUCCUGCAAAAAAUGGACUUGCUUCUAACCAAAACUCCACCAGAUGAAAUAAAGAACAGUGUUCUGCCGAUGGUUUAUAGAGCCUUGGAGGCACCUUCAAUUCAGAUACAGGAACUUUGCCUAAACAUAAUUCCCACAUUUGCCAAUUUAAUGGAUUAUCCAUCAAUGAAAAACUCUUUAAUUCCAAGAAUUAAAAAUGCGUGUUUGCAAACUUCUUCUCUUGCUGUCCGGGUAAACUCACUAGUGUGCUUGGGCAAGAUUCUGGAGUACCUGGAUAAAUGGUUUGUGCUUGAUGAUAUUUUACCUUUUCUACAACAAAUUCCAUCCAAGGAACCUGCAGUGCUCAUGGGAAUUUUAGGUAUUUACAAAUGUACAUUUACUCACAAGAAGUUGGGAAUUACCAAAGAGCAGCUUGCAGGAAAAGUAUUGCCCCAUCUGAUUCGUCUUAGUAUUGAGAACAAUCUUAAUCUCAAUCAGUUCAAUUCUUUUAUUUGUGUCAUAAAAGAUAUGCUUAAUAGAAUGGAGGCAGAACAUAAAACAAAACUUGAGCAACUUCAUGUCAUGCAAGAGCAACAGAAGUCUUUGGAUAUAGGUAACCAGAUGAGUGUGUCUGAAGAGGCAAGAUCUACUAGUACAAACAAUCAGAUUGACAAGGUAUUUAAUAAUAGUGGAACUGACCUUCUAACUAGUGGAUCUGAUGGUAAAGAGAAUGAGAUGUCAUCAGUACAGAAAAAGGCAUCACUUACACUUGAAGAGAAGCAGAAGUUAGCUAAAGAACAAGAACAGGCACAGAAACUGAAAAGCCAGCAACCUCUUAAGCCACAGGCAACUGCAAUAACACCUCCAGUGAAGCAGACAAAAGACUUGACAGACACCUUGAUAGAUAAUAUGUCAUCUUUGACUAGCCAUCCUAUCAACAAAGCUCAAGUUGCAUCUUCAAACAGCUUCUCUUCUGUUCCUUCUAUGGGUGUUGGAAUGGGAUUUUCAUCACCCAUUGACAGCUCAAAGAGAAAUAUGACAAAUGGACUAAAUACAAAUAUGGGUUUUCAGACUGCUGGAUUCAGUAUGGGAGCAGGUCUCGCCACCCAGAAUUUCUUCAGUGGUCCAAGUGCAGCAGGAACAACCCAGAUGAACACUGUACCAGCUGCCAAUAUGCCAAAUUACAGUCCUAUGAAUGCUGCAUCUGCAAUGUCUCCACUGACACAACAAAACAGACCCCCAGAUAUGUCUGCUUUAGAUAAUCUUUUUGGUCCUCAAAAACCCAAAGUUAGCAUGAAACAGUUGGCUCAACAGAAAUCAAACCAGUGGGUUAAUCAGUUUGCACCACCGUCAGGGUCCCCAAAUGCGAGCAGUUCAGUCUUGGGACCUCAGAUGAACAUGGUAGGACAGCCUGGCUUUGGUAUACAGGGUAAUCCUUUCUUUUCUCCUCAGAACUUUGCACAACCAGCGAACACAAUGACAAACAGCAGCUCAGCUAGUAAUGACUUAAAAGAUCUUUUUGGGUAAAAUGUUUUGUU